AUGGACGCGACCGACGAAUCUCCGGCACCGAAUGCGCGGCCGCCUUGGACGAAAGUUCCGAUCGCACAGCUGUCACCGACUCUCGAACAACCGGAGGAGAAAUGCAUACAUGCGACCGUUACCCUAGUAUGGCCAUACUCGUCUUCAACGAAAUCCCUUGCCCUGCUUCUCGCCGAACCGGACUUCCGUCUACGCCGGCUAAAUGGACAAGUGAAAGCGGUCUUCCAUGGACGCAUCGCAGAGAAAGUCGCCGGGUCGCUAGUUGGGAUCGGUGAUACUGUUCGCCUUGCGCUGAAAGGCGUGAACUUUGCGGAAAAUGGCGCCGUGGGUCAGACACCUGGGAGAUCUAUUGCGUGGGAUGUACAUUUCGACAAUAACGUGUCACUUGAGAUCGAAUCCUCGAAGGGCCAGUCGACAGUCCACAUAGACGAAACCCCGCUUGCGACGCAUGAGGCCGAAUUGCUGCCACCCUCGACUCCGCGUAUGGUUUCGAUAGACCCAGACAAUGCUUUCGUCGCAAAUGGAACAGGUGCUUGGGGAUCGCCCGCUUUCUUACGCUCAUCGCGAUCCUCGUAUGGCGAGACUCUCGAUUCUGCUUACGACCCUUUUACUGAGGAAGAUGGUUUUGUUCGUGGCAAAAGGGAGGAAGCGCCCGAGACUGUUGAUUGGGACCAGGCUCUUGAUGAAGACAUGGAUUUGGAACAAGAUACAGCCUCAGUCGCCGAUGUUGAACCGAGCGAGGAACCCUCAGAUCAUGUGGUUUCAAUGCCCGAGAAAAUAGUCACUGAUGAUGACCCAUUUAUUGAAAGUUCGGAUGGUUUUGUCAAGCCUUCUCUCGCGCUGGCCGGAGGACUGUUCGGCAGAAGAGCAUCACCUUCAAAUAAUGUAUUCGAAAAUGCCUCUACCUCUCCUACGCCAGCCGCCCACUUGCCUACUGAUACACCUCAACUACGGCCCAUCCCAUCUCCCGGAUUGCCGAUUCCGUCUCCUAUCGUUUCCGAUCAAAAUAAUAGCCAAGGGUACUUUUCUCCUUUCCACGUCGUCCCGCAAGCCGAAGACGCUCAAUCCCUAUCUGUCGAUGUCAACAUUGACGCUACCAACCUGGGACUGCCCCACGACUCGGCAAUUCCCAUGGUAAUGGAGAAUGCAGAAAAUAAUGAAUUGCCUUUCAGUCAAGGCGAAUUCACAAUUAAUCAAACUGUCACCAGUCUGCAAGAACAAAACCAACACUUGCAGAACAACGCCGAUAUAUCGAUAUCGACAAACCCGGUGGAGUUACUUGACUCUAUCGCUCCACAACUUGCCGAUAUCUCUGAGAGGGCCAUGUUCGAUGUCGAGGCGGGAAAUAUUGAGGAAGUCGAUGGAACGACUGUUACGGGAGAACUGCAGGGCCAUACCAUGCGCCACCCGGAAGUGGAAGAGGACAUUGGGGCAGUUCCCACAUAUGAAAAAGAAUACAACAGUCCCAGAUCCGUACCAAUGGCUGAUGCAAUGUUCAAAGGCAUUGGCUUACGAGAUGAAGCCGUUAUUGAAUUGACGGGUGAACGAGGGGUGCAUACCCUUCUCGGUGUUGAGACCCCAGAUCAAAUCUCCAGUGUAACAUCUCCCGAGCGGUAUGAUCGGUAUGAGCCACAGCUCGACGCCGAUGGAGGGAAAGGCGAAUUGCAAUCGGAUGCAGAAUCGGAUGCAGAAUCGGAUGCAGAGGGUGGAAAUUUUGCCGAGGGUGAGGACGACGAUGAUGAUAAUGACGGGUCACGCGAUGCUUAUUAUGGGGACGAAUACGAAGAUUUCUCUGAGGAGCAUUAUGACGAGGAGGAUGAAGAAGAGGAGUUCGAAACGGACAACCUUCCUCGACCGCACCCCCCUCAUGAAGUAAUAGUGUUAGAUAGUGACAGCGAUGACGAACUUGCUUCAGAUCAAGUCCAUGCGCCGCCGCCACCGUCACGUCCAGUGGACCAAGGACGAAGACCUGACAUUUCAUCGCCGGCAGAACGAACCCUCUCAUCGUUGGCCGGGCUGGAUAACGAAGAAGAAUGGUCUGGGAUUGAAGAGGAGGCAGCCUAUGAUGAGAUGGAAAGCGCAGAAUCGGAAGGCGACGAAGACCAAAAUUUCGACGAAGAUGAUCGAGUCCAUGACAGCGAUCUGAAUGACGAGUCGUCGGUUGACGUAUUGGCCAGAACAGACUCCGUGUUUCAGCAGUCUACAGCCGAGCCUUCUGUCGAGUCAGAGCAUGAUUACCACGAAGUUGAUGAGGAAGACUCAGAGGUAGAGGCGGCAGAAGAAAUAGAGGAUUACUCGGAAGCUGAGGGUGAAAAUGAACCUGACGAGCGUUUUGAAAGGGUCGAAAGGCCACAACAGAUCAUCGAUCUUGAUUCGAGUUCGGACGAGGGUGAAGAGGCCGAGGAGCAAGUCGAGCAGCAAUUCGAGGAGCAAGUCGAGGAGCAAUUCGAGGAGCAAGUCGAGGAGCAAGUCGAGGAGCAAGUCGAGGAGCAAGUCGAGGAGCAAGUCGAGGAGCAAGUCGAGGAGCAAGUCGGGGAGCAAGUCGAGGAGCAAAUCGCAGAGAUUGAUGAGCAAGCCAAAGAGAUUGAAGAAAAGGCCGAGGACGAGGCCGGGCGAUUCUCCGUCGACCCUGAAGCUCUUUCCCAACCCAACCAUGGAGAAUCCCAUCACGGCAUGGAUGGGACAGACGAUCAGCACACGCCGCCAUCCUCUCAUCUUCAACCGGUCCGUCAAACAAUCGAUAAUGACCAGCCAUCCUCGGAAGUUCAGGCUGGGGAGUUUCAGCGAGAAUUGGAGGAUAAGGAUUCAAUUGAUGGAAAUCUUGAAUCAGUCUUAAAUACGGCGGGCCAAGAGCUCCCAACUCCAGCACCUACCCAGGAAUCACUGCCAGUGCCGCUGGGAUCCUACAACACAAGCAUUCCACCCAAUGCUAUACUAGAUUCCUCCGAGCACCAGAUCACAUUACCACCGCCUACUCCAGGUCGCUCUUUGCGGUCUAGGCAUCUUAGAGAGGAUGAGCAAGUCGCACCCGAUACCCACCCUGACACGGAAAGAGAUGGCUUAGGGAUUGAGCCACAGACUCCCGAACCCCCAAAGGUCCUCAUUACAGCACCUCGGGCACCUGACCGCCACGCCCUUGGAUUGCGCAGCAAACUCUCCUACUUCGCUCCCCUGGCUACACUCAUCGAUCAUUACAAUGCGCUCGUGGAUACAAUCUCGAUUGUCCACGAGGCGACUCCAAUCGCCAAAGCCGCCUCCGCCUCAAAGGACUUCUUCAUAACCAUCCAGCUCACCGACCCAUCCAUGGCAGGAACAACUCUCCAAGCCCAAAUAUUCCGUCGACGAAAGUCCGUCAUGCCCUCAAUCGUCCCAGGGAACGCGAUCCUAUUGCGCGAUUUCAAAGUUCGUACUUACGAUCACUCCAUCAUGCUUGUCAGCGUCGAGUCGAGUUCCUGGGCUGUAUUCGAUGGCACUGGCCCUAAUGCACAGAUAAAUGGGCCACCCGUUGAGUAUGGUGCUGAAGAAAGAGCUUGCGCAUCUGACUUGCGGACGUGGUACAGCGAUAUCGGUAUAGGCAUGCUAGCAGACAGUGAGCUGCAGGCGGCAAUCGAGAGGGAUAGCAUGGGGCGGGAGCUCAGUCCUGGCAGCGCGGGGCCGAGUGAAACAGGGAGCUUUGAAUCGGGCUCUCGUGGCUUGCGCAGGUCACGGAAUAGCCACCGGCGCGUAACUAUCCAUGAACUUCGAGACGGUACUCGCUAUACCGAAGUGGGUUCCCCCAGCACUAAGGAUAGUAUCCAUGAACUGCGUGACGGGACCGUCUACGCUACUCGGUGA